UGUCGGAACAACGUUUUAUUCUUGAUUUUACACACUGCGGUCACGUGAUUCGAAACUUUUUUUAGCCCUCGAUACUUCCGGUGCAGACGAUAAUAUGGCGAGUAGGCCUAGCAAAACUAGGUAUUACUGUGCUGCCGAGGGCUGUCACGCUGACACAAAGAAAAGGGGAAGAUAUGGGUAUAUGACAGAAGUCAAGUUUUUCCCUUUCCCAACACAGAAAAAGGACCCAAAAUGUAGGCGAGCGUGGCUGAGUUUGCUGCGGCGGUAAGAUUACGACCCACCUAUGCACCACAGGAUAUGUUCCCGACAUUUUGUUGAUGGCAGUCCAACACCUGAAAACCCAUAUCCCACGUUAUUUGCUUACAAUAAUUACAAGGAGCCUCUACAGAACAGAAGCUCAACAUCCAUCACCAAACGUUCAGCGGCAGAGAAGCGUAACGAGUUCCUUGAAGAUUCACACUUGAUGGAGUCGAAUGAAAAGGCAGCUGAUUUUCAGUCCUACAAUGAUAGCCAUAGUCAGUUUUAUAUGGAAAUGGAAUGUGUGGAUUUUCAAACCCCCCCUGUUGUGUCUGAAGAGACAGUGGCUUCUGCGUGUGAAACACUGAACACAGUUGUGCAACCAUGCCAGCCUGACCAUGAGUAUGCAUCUGCAGCUGUAGGUGAAAGCCAUGGACCAGAUACAGUUGACAGUGGAAUACAGACAGAUAUAGGGAUGGAGGAAAUGGAGGAACUCAUGGCUCUAAAGAAGAAGUUUGAAAAUCCUGAUGCUCUCAUGAGAAACCUCUUCAUUGAAAAGGUCACAGCAACUGAUAGGAGUGUAAAGCAGUACACUGGUAUUCCAUCAAAGUCAAUGCUACAUGGAAUGUAUGAAGUGUUAGAUGAAGCAUCGCCCAACAUUAAAUAUUGGAGUGGACAAAGCAGUGCUGAGGAAACUCCAUACCAGCAGAAUGCGGAUAGGAGGAAAACUGGACCAACAAGAAAACUGUCGAAAUAUGAAGAAUUUAUUAUGACUCUUAUUCGUUUACGGCUUGCUAUUUUUACAUUUUUUUUGGCUGAUAUUUUUGGAGUUUCAAAUACACGUGUGUCUCAGAUUUUCACAACAUGGGUAAAUUUUAUGUAUCACAUUUUAACACCUUUAUUAGUUUGGCCAUCUACACCUGUUAUCAAGAAGUUUUUACCUAAGUCCUUUAAACUUACAUUUCCCAAUACAGUUUGUAUUAUUGAUUGUACUGAAUUUUUUAUACAAAAGCCCAGAUCUCCUUCUGCACAGUCCAGAACUUAUAGUACUUAUAAGCAUCAUAAUACAUACAAAGCUUUAAUAGGUAUUAUGCCAUCUGGUGCCAUCAUUUUUAUAUCAGAUUUAUGGGGAGGUAAUACAUCUGACAGAUAUAUUACUAAGAACUGUGGUUUUCUUGAUUUUGUAAGACCAGGUCAUGAAAUUAUGGCUGACAGAGGAUUUUUAAUUAGAGAUUUAUUGUUAGAAAGACAUGCAAAGCUUGUAAUUCCACCUUUCACCAAGAAAUGUAACUGGGGUAAAGGAAAACGAUUGCUGCAGAAUGAUAUUAUUAAGACUAGAUGUAUAGCUCGUCUUAGAAUUCAUGUUGAACGUGCGAUAGAAAGAUUGAAAAAUUUUAAUAUCUUAAGUAAUACCAUGCCUUUGUCAUUGAAGCCAUUGUCAAAUCAGAUCCUGAAAGUGUGUGCUUUUCUUUGUAAUUUACAGACACCACUUGUGAAAAAAUAAAAUAAUCAAACUGGU